AUGGACCCAUAUUUAAGUGUAGAAGACUUUGUUCGAGAAUUUGAUACACCUAAUUUAACUGGUUGGAAAUUAUUUUCACAAAUACCAACUUUAACUGUCUAUCGACGAUUAAAUAAAAAAUUAUUUUAUUAUAAAUGUUUUUCUCAUCUUCCGGAUGUAUUACCAGAAACUUUUUAUAAAGUAGCACUUGAUGUUGAAUAUCGAGUAGUUUGGGAUAAAUAUCUUAAAGAAGGAAGAAAAAUUAGUGAUGGAGAUAAACAUGGUGUUUAUUGGCAAAUUGCUAUGCCGUUAUUUAUAAGCAAUAGAGAUUAUACAUUCGUACAAGAAAAUAAUGAAUACGAUAUUGGUAAUCGACAUUUUUAUUAUGUUUUAACACAUAGUGAAGAAUUUAAAAAUGAACCAGUAAGAAAAAAAAUUAUUCGAAUUGAAAAUUGCCAAUCAGAAACAUUAAUUUGUUCGGAUGGUGCGAAUGGUUUGAAAUCGAUUUUCUUGUAUUGUGAAGAUCCACGAGGUAGUUUUCCAAAAGCAGCAUGGUCUUGGGUCGCUAAAUUUGGUAUUCCAUUUUAUGCAAAAUUAACCCAUAAUGCCUGUAAAAAUUAUCCUCAAUGGAUAAAAGAUAAAAAGAUGGUGCUGCCUAAUGUAGUGGAAGAUGAUAUUGAUAGCGCAGCAGCAGCAGCUGCUGCUGCUAUAAUUGUGCCGGCAGAUGAUGUGGCUGGCAAUGAUGAUAACGAAGAUGAAGAAGAACAAGACAAAGAAUGA